CUGUUCUCUUUCUUAAGUCAUUCGAAACACUGUCCCUGCGAGUUCUUUAAGUUCCCUGCAAUCUGUACACAAGAGAAAGAGGGAGAGAGAGAGGGAGAGAGACAGAGAGAGCAGGGAUCAGGUAAAGGAGUGGGGCUGCUGCAGCCAUUCAGACCUCAGGAGCUGGAAAAUUGCCAAGGAUGCAGAAGGAAAUGAAGAUGAUCAAAGAUGAGGAUGUGCAUUUCAACUUGGCUGUGAAGAAGACCCCCUCCUUUCCCCACUGCCUGCAGCCAGUGGCUUCUCGGGGAAAGGCUCCCCAAAGGCACCCCUUCCCAGAAGCUCUCCGAGGGCCAUUUUCCCAGUUUCGGUAUGAACCUCCUCCAGGAGACCUAGAUGGGUUCCCCGGGGUCUUCGAAGGAGCAGGGUCUAGGAAACGGAAGAGCAUGCCCACAAAGAUGCCCUAUAACCUCCCUGCAGAAGAAGUCACCCUCGCCCUCCACUCAGAGGAGAACAAAAACCACGGCCUUUCCAACCUCCCUUUGCUGUUCUCGCAGCCCCCGCGCCCCAAGUAUGACUCUCAGAUGAUCGACCUGUGCAACGUGGGCUUCCAAUUCUACCGCAGCCUGGAACACUUUGGGGGCAAGCCCGUCAAGCAGGAACCCAUUAAGCCCAGCGCCGUGUGGCCCCAGCCAACACCCACUCCAUUCCUGCCCACGCCCUAUCCCUACUACCCCAAAGUCCACCCGGGCCUCAUGUUCCCCUUCUUCGUGCCCUCGUCCUCGCCCUUCCCCUUCAGCCGGCACACCUUCCUGCCCAAGCAGCCCCCGGAACCUCUGCUGCCCCGGAAAGCCGAGCCCCAGGAGAGCGAGGAGACCAAGCAGAAGGUGGAGAGGGUGGACGUGAACGUGCAGAUCGAUGACAGCUACUACGUGGACGUGGGCGGCUCGCAGAAGCGCUGGCAGUGCCCCACCUGCGAGAAGUCCUACACCUCCAAGUACAACCUGGUCACCCACAUCCUGGGCCACAGUGGGAUCAAGCCGCACGCGUGCACGCACUGCGGGAAGCUCUUCAAGCAGCUCAGCCACCUGCAUACCCACAUGCUGACCCACCAGGGCACGCGGCCCCACAAGUGCCAGGUGUGCCACAAGGCCUUCACCCAGACCAGCCACCUGAAGCGCCACAUGAUGCAGCACAGCGAGGUGAAGCCGCACAACUGCCGCGUGUGCGGCCGCGGCUUUGCCUACCCCAGCGAGCUCAAGGCCCACGAAGCCAAGCACGCCAGUGGGCGCGAGAACAUCUGUGUGGAGUGCGGCCUCGACUUCCCCACCUUGGCCCAGCUGAAGAGACACCUCACCACGCACCGGGGCCCCAUCCAGUACAACUGCUCCGAGUGUGACAAGACCUUCCAGUACCCGAGCCAGCUGCAGAACCACAUGAUGAAGCACAAGGACAUCCGGCCCUACAUCUGCUCAGAGUGCGGCAUGGAGUUUGUGCAGCCGCACCACCUCAAGCAGCACUCCCUCACCCACAAGGGUGUGAAGGAGCAUAAGUGUGGGAUUUGUGGGCGGGAGUUCACCCUGCUGGCCAACAUGAAGCGACACGUGCUGAUCCACACCAACAUCCGCGCCUACCAGUGUCACCUCUGCUACAAGAGCUUCGUGCAGAAGCAGACCCUCAAGGCACACAUGAUCGUCCACUCUGACGUGAAGCCUUUCAAAUGCAAGCUUUGUGGGAAGGAAUUCAACCGGAUGCACAACCUGAUGGGCCACAUGCACCUGCACUCAGACAGCAAACCCUUCAAGUGCCUCUAUUGCCCUAGCAAAUUCACCCUGAAGGGGAACCUGACACGCCACAUGAAAGUCAAGCAUGGAGUCAUGGAGCGGGGCCUUCAUUCCCAAGGUCUGGGAAGGGGGAGAAUCGCCCUGGCACAGACAGCCGGUGUCCUGAGGAGUCUGGAGCAGGAGGAGCCCUUUGACCUCUCUCAGAAGCGCCGGGCCAAGGUGCCGGUGUUCCAGUCAGACGGGGAGAGUGCCCAGGGCAGCCACUGCCACGAGGAGGAAGAGGAGGAUAACUGCUACGAGGUGGAGCCCUACAGCCCUGGCCUGGCCCCCCAGAGCCAGCAGCUCUGCACACCCGAGGAUCUGUCCACCAAGUCGGAGCACGCCCCCGAGGUGCUGGAGGAAGCCUGCAAGGAGGAGAAGGAGGAUGCAUCCAAGGGAGAAUGGGAGAAGAGGAGCAAGGGUGACCUUGGGGCAGAGGGCGGCCAGGAGAGAGACUGUGCCGGCAGAGAUGAGUGUCUCAGCCUCAGGGCUUUUCAGAGUACCCGGCGGGGCCCCUCUUUUUCUGAUUACUUAUACUUCAAGCACAGAGAUGAGAGUUUGAAAGAAUUACUGGAGAGGAAAAUGGAAAAACAAGCAGUGCUUUUAGGUAUCUAAGUGGACAGUUUUAAAAUUACAUUUGGAAAAUGAGAACGAGGCAGUUCAAAUAUAGCUUUCUGCAUGAACUGUCAUUUUCUGGAGACUGGCGAAUAGUACCAAUCUCUACAAAUGGCUUAGACUAAAUGAGCAGGGAUGUAGGUAAUGGAAAGCCUUCUCAGGUCAUUCACGGGGCCCUUGAUACCCUUCACACAUGUGCAGGGUCUUCAUCAGUGGCAUUUUAUGCAUUGCCAGUAUAAUAAACUGUGAGUAUUCUUCCAGAUAUCUAAUCGUAAGCUGAUGCUGAGGUGCUUUUAGAAAUUCCACUUUCCUUUGAUUCAUAUGCAAUACAUGGUAAAUUUCUAAUUGCAAAAAUAUGGUGCUUGAGGUGUCACCUUAUUAAUAACUAUUUAGGUGAAUUUGUGAAGGUUAUAAUAUUUUCCAGAUAGAUGAAAAUAUUAGUCGUCGUAUAUAUAAAAAUAGCCUUUAUUCUAUAACCAAAAAUGUCAGAAAUGGCACAGGAGGAUGAGCUAUUGAAGAGAAUGCUCUCGAGUAGUUGCUGCAGAUAUAAGGUAAAAUUUCAGGAGAAGAAUAAUUUUGACUAAGGGAAACUGGUGACCUAGAAUACUUAGAUUCUCUUUUUCUGUGUCGGCUGUCUUCAUCAGAUUGAGCAUUUGGAGCAUUAUUUUUCAGAUGAUAUGAUGAUGUUUGGGGCCCUGGCUCGUCAGACAAACCCUCACUUCUUGAGCACGGCUCCCUCCUGGAGACCAUUGCUGUCUUGCGCUGAGGCCUCAUGCCCCAUAAGACAGAUGCAGGGGCCAGGCGCAGAGGCUCACGCCUGUAAUCCCAGCACUUUGGGAGGCCGAGGCAGGCAGAUCACUUGAGGUCAGGAGUUUGAGACCAACCUGGCCAACGUGGCGAAACCCCUUCUCUAUUAAAAAUACAAAAAUUAGCCAGGCAUGAUGGCAGGACCCUGUAGUUCCAGCUACUCGGGAGGCUGAAGCAGGAGAAUCGCUUGAACCCAGGCGGUGGAGAUUGCAGUGAGCUGAGCUGAGAUCACGCCAUGCACUACAGCCUGGGUGACAGAGUGAGACUCUGCCUCAAAAAAAAAAGAACAGAUGCAGGAAGAGUUGUCACCAGUGACCAGGGGGCUUUCUCCUCAGAGCUAGAGCUGGGGGGGUAACCUCAGAGAAUUCUCCCAGAGAUCUAAGCUCUGACUUAGUUGGGGUACUAGAAUAGUUGACAUCAAAUCAUUAGGAAAGAAGACUCUGGACUGUGUUCUCAGUGCUGGCUGUACAUUAGAAGCAUCUGGGCCGGGCGCGGUGGCUCACGUCUGUAAUCCCAGCACUUUGGGAGGCCGAGGCGGGCGGAUCACGAGGUCAGGAGAUCGAGACCAUCCUGGCUAACAUGGUGAAACCCCGUCUCUACUAAAAAUACAAAAAAUUAGCCGGGCGUGGUGGCAGGCGCCUGUAGUCCCAGCUACGCGGGAGGCUGAGGCAGGAGAAUGGCGUGAACCCGGGAGGCGGAGCUUACAGUGAGCCGAGAUCGCGCCACUGCACUCCAGCCUGGGCGACAGAGCGAGACUCCGUCUCAAAAACAAAAAAAAAAAAAAAGAA